AUGCGAGUUUGUCUCACACGACUGACACUCGUCGAUACAACACGCCCCGCUCAUGGAGACUUUAUCAGCAGGAAUGCCAAGACCAAGGGCUACCUAGUCCAUGGUCGUAGCGACGGUGUCCUCAACCCUGGUGAAGUUCGGUUUGGCACUGCCGAGAUAUACGACGUGGUCAGCAGAUUCACCGAGGUGGAUGACAGCAUCGCGGUAGGCCAGCGGCGACCCCAGGACCAAGAGGAGCAGGUUCUGCUGUUCGUCAAGACGAGGAAGGGCGCAACUUUUGAUGAGGCGCUGGAGUCCAAGAUCCGCGGUGCCAUAAAGACGUUGCUGAGCCCGAGGCAUGUCCCGGCGCAUAUUCUUCACGUCAGGGACAUUCCGUACACCAUGAGCGGUAAGAAGGUUGAAAAGGCCGUGAGGAGCGUCGUGACACGGGAGAGAGUGCAGAACGUUGUCGCGAUAAGCAACGCAGAGCGUUUAAAGGAAUACGAGAAGUAUGCCAGCCUGCCAGCUACAACGUGGGUCGCAAAGCUAUAG